AUCCUGCCGGCGUGGAUGCUGCCCUGGCUUUCCGCAGGAACAGGACCAGAGCAGUGGACUUCAACUUAUGAAUGGGUUUCUGCGGUUGAGCUCUAGGAAUAGUCACAUAGAUAUCUGCACGAGGAUUAUGUGAACCUGAAACUUCACAUGGAGCAAAAGAUUCAAGAACUGAAAGACGCUGAUGUCAGAAACUGGUCUAAACAACAACUGUCUCUGGCAGCUGAGCAAGAAUGGAUUCUGAAGCAGAGUAAAAUGCAAACAGAACUGAACUGGCAGCAGUUCUGUGAGAAUGCUGAAAGUAAAUGGUGCCAGAAAUCAGAGGAUCUAAUACACAGCCUGUCUUCAUCAAAAGAGGAGAUAUUUCAGUAUGAUGAUGAUGAAAAUUCUCUGUGUAAAGAUAUCCCUUCUUCGGAUAUAAAAAAGCUGAAGGAACAGAAUGCCAGCCUUCGGGCUGCUAUUGCACAAAUGAGGAAAGAAAUGGAGAGUCUUGAUGAGCAGAUGUUGCCUUCUCUUAUUCUAACAGAAGACAGACAGCCUGGAGAGCAAAGUUCAUUGAGCACAAACAAAACUUCAAAUGGAACCACACUGAGCAACAUCAAAGUCAAUUCGACUAAGUUGGAUUGUAUAGUAAACCCAGACACAGAAGAGGGGGCAGAACCCAAAGUUCUUGAAGAAGAUAUGGUAGAUUUUGGACAACAGCUACCUGGUGUUGUUUGUCAGUAUAGUGUCAAAUGCACUCUACGAGGACUGCAAAGUAAACUCAAGGAAGCAGCAAGAAAAAUCUCAGUUCUGAGCCAAGAAAAGCAGCAGCUGAUUGAAAUGGGAAACAGUCUCAGGGCAGAACUGGUGUUAAAGGAAGGACUCUGGCAUCCUGUUAGCUCUAAACGCUGCACAGUUUGUAUUGCCUCUGGUAGUCUUCUUCCAAGAGAACUGGUCAGAAGAACACAGUGUCAGCUAUCAGUUCUAAAGCAUCUACAGCACAGACUCUCAGCACAGGUUCAGCUAGAUUUCUCUAUUGAAAAUGGUGGGCCAAAUACAUUCUCAGCAACAAAGGCAGAUACAUGCACAAAGACUGUUCAAACUCAGCUGCUCAGUCAGAGUCCUAGCCAAGACCAGCAGGUCCAGCUUUCCUCGUCUAGAGCACAUAAUUUCUGUCAAAUUUUAGAUACGGGAUCGAGUCUUUCUCUACAAAGUCAUCAAAAGAACACGAGCCAGGUGGAGUUUGAAGUUGUACAUUCAAUUGAGCAAUCUGAAGAAUCUCGGCCAAGUGUCAAAGCCAAGGAUAAGCUUGAAAAGUCAGCUGAAGAUUUGACAGUCAGAGGAACAAGGCUGGAAGUUCAGCAGAAGUUGAAAUCUAGGAGUUUAUCUUGUGCUCAUCUAGUAAAACCAAAAAUCUCUUCUAGCAUGGCAAAAAUCCGCAAUUAUAAUAUUAAAGACUGUUGACAGUAUGUUGUAGGUUCACAUUUGCUAUUUACUUACUUUGACAUCUCUAUACCAGGUCUAAUUAUCAGCCUGUUUUGUAUGUCAGGUUGAGAUAUUUGCAGCCAGAAGAGAGAACAAGUACCCUGUUUCAUACAGUAAAGCCUAAAAUAAAGGGUUAAUUUGUGUA